CUUGACUGAAGCCUCUGUUGCCUGUUAGAGGUUAUUCAGGCGGCUGAGAAGCGAAUUCAGCGUAAGGCGGCUGGAAAGCGUUUUGGUUUUCUUUCUUAGGCUUGUACAUUUGGCUUUCUGUUGUAUAUAUUUUUGAAAUCUCACACGGACAUAUUCAGAUAUAAUUUACUCGGACGGGAAUAUCGGAUGGUCAGACGGGACAAUUGAAUUUGUGUUCAGCACGGGCUGGAGGAUUUAAACGACAGGCUACAAGCGUGUCUUUUGCUUUAAGCAUCUGACAGCGAAUGCAUUGCACAUUGAAAUCAACUUCGGGAAAGUUUAACGUUUGCUCGGAAGCAAGCAGAUUUUGUUUCUACCCAGAUUGUGGGAUGCGCUGAAUUGUGCUGGAUAAUAUUUCGAGACUCAGAGAAAGAGAACACCGUGGACGUUCUGAAUUUCUGUUCUAUUGUCAAAUACAAUAAUAUGCUGACUUUAAAUUAAUUUAUUAGAUAUAAUAUCGAUAUUUCUUAUAUUAACUAUUUAACCCCCUUAAAAUCUGCGUGGCCAAAUCUACAAAAUUUUUGCUAUGAUGAGCUGGAGCUGAGACUGGAAAUAAAGGACUGUCUCCGAACUUGUAGAAAAGCGGUUGGGUUUGUCGGAACAUGAAGCCAGUUACCGGUCUGUUUGUUGCAAGUGUGUUGCUGUGUUCCACGUCCUGGAGCGCGACGGCCAACAGCUAUGGAGCAGACAUUCCUAGACUUGGUUCCGCUGAUUUUAGUGGCGUAAAUAAUUUUAGCACCUUCCUAUUGGACCGUGUGUCUGGGAUGCUCUACCUUGGUGCACGGGAUGCAAUCAUCGCUGUGGAUACUGCUAAUCUAUCAAAGAGGAAGAUGAUUGAAUGGAGUGUUCCAGAAGAAAAGAGGAAAUCUUGUGUAGCUAAAGGAAAAACAGAGGACGAUUGCAAGAACUAUGUCCGCCUGCUGGAGUUUCUGGGUGAUGCACAUAUAUAUGCCUGUGGGACCUUUGCCUUUGAUCCCCAGUGUGCAUUUAUUAACAUCUCUUCAUUCUCUCUGGAGAAAACUGAAGAUGGUAGCAUGAAGAUGGAGACGGGGAAGGGGAAAUGUCCCUUUGAGCCCAGCCAGCAUUACACAGCAGUCAUGGCAGGAGGGAUCCUUUACACUGCUGCCACAAGUAACUUUCUAGGCACAAUGUAUGACAUAUCCAGGGCAACAGGCAUCGAGCAGGAACGCAUCCGCACUGAACAAUCAAUCAAUUGGCUUAGUGAUCCAGAGUUUGUCAGUUCUGCCUUCAUCCAAGAGGAUGAGAAGAACAAUCCUACUGGUGAAGAUGACAAAAUUUACUUUUUCUUCACUGAAGUAGCUAAAGAAUAUGACCUUUACGCCAAGGUCAAAGUGCCCCGAGUGGCCAGAGUCUGCAAGUCUGAUGUAGGUGGUAUGAAGACUUUGCAGAGGAGGUGGACGACGUUUCUGAAGGCCCAGCUGGUGUGUGAAGAUCGAGCAAGUGGACAGCGAUUUAACGUUCUGACUGAUGUGUUCACUGUACAGCACCAGCCUGGAGACCCCAGCAGCACACACUUCUAUGGCAUAUUCACCUCACAGUGGGAAAGAGGGGAGCUGUCAGCCGUGUGUGUGUACAGUCUGGAGGAGAUCACUAAGGUGAUGAAUGGACCCUUUAAAGAAUUGAAAAAGACCUGUGAGACCUGGAUAAACCCAGAGCCUAUACCAACACCCAGACCCGGACAGUGUUUAAAUAGUGCUCUGAUGGAGCAGGGCUUUGAGUCCUCCCUGAAGCUACCUGAUAAAGUGCUGACAUUCGUGCGUGAUCACCCGCUUAUGGAGAACAGUGUGGUGGCAGCACCCCUGAUGAUAAGAAAUGGCAUCACAUACACUAAACUUGCUGUUACCUUAACAAUGGCCUCCAGUGGCCUGAAGCAACACAUGACUACUGUUUUGCACCUUGGAACAGAUCAUGGAGAGCUGCACAAAGUCGCUGUAGUUGGUCCGAAUGCAACUCUUAUUGAAGAAGUCCCUCUGUUUUCUGCACAGGAGCCAGUGAAUAACAUAUUGCUAUACAAAGAUGAGGCUCUGGUGGGCACUCCUCUCUCUCUGGUGAAGUUACCCAUAGUGGGUUGUUCUCUGUACUCUACCUGCGAGGUGUGUGCACGUGCCCGAAGUCUUGGCUGCGUAUGGAGGCAUAAAGAGGGAAAUUGUGCUUUGAAGCCUGGUGAACUGGUAGAAGCAGAUGAUUUGGUCAGGCAAUGCGACAAAGAUGAAGGUGUUUGCUCCCCGCCUGUAAUUGAAAUGCGUGUUGUAAAGGGUCUGCGUGUCAUGCUUUCUUGUGUGCAACUGUCUCCUCGUCCCUGCCGCUGGGACCAUCCUUCACAUAGUCACACCCGCCGCCACAACAAUGACCUGGAGGUGCAGGUCACCGAGAAGAGCCUAGGCACCUAUGUUUGUCUAUGUGAUGAAGCAGGCAGAGAUCAGCCACCCUGCCGCAGAGCUGAGUACCAGCUGACCCUUGACAACCCCAGCAUGGAGGGGAAUGUGGCCAUUGCAGGUGGCCGACACUUCCUGGCUUCACACAUCAUUUUUUUCGUUGUAGGUUUUAUAUUGGGUGUCAUCCUGUUGUUUCUAAUUUACAAACGGCAAGGUGGCAUGAGAGGGGGCGGGAACUCAUCAUCCACGUUGGAAAAGGGGCGGGACUUGCUUCCUUCUACAGACACACCACAGUCUCCAAGCAGCGCCAGUUUCAUAUCAGAGGCGGUUCCAUUAACCGAGAAAAGGAACGGGACACUGAAUGGUCACGGACACAAUAUGCACCUGGCUGGGAACAACAGCAGGCAUAUUUAUUCUAACUCCAGUGGACUGAAACUGCAGGAAUCAGCUGUGAACCUAGCAGAGGAGCUGGAUGGUAGAGAAAGGGCGGGAUCAGAUGGGGAUGAGGAGGGAUUGGGGGAGGCCCUAUGUAAGAUGGAGGAGGAGUUUUCUAAGAUUCCUUGUCCAAGAGGAGCACCUCUGGCAAAGUGUGAAGAAAGCUCUAUCUAAAAACCAGCACAAAUGUGAUUUUUGCGACUACACUCUGUGAAAGGCUCGCAAACACAGAUGGAGGGCUGGAGGAGAAGAGGAAAGCAGACAAUCAAAGAAACUGAUACACAUUCCAAAUAAACGAUUGACAUACGCAGUCGCACAAAGAAUCACACAAACCAAUAAACUGCAUUUGUUGGAGGCUCCUCUACUACUCCUUUAAGUCACUGUCCAGUCCAUUCAUCCCUGUGUACAUAACAUGCUGUGUAGAUCUGUGUCUAUCCUACUGUUUCUGCAUGGAGUUUUUUAGACGAAUAGGCACUUUUGUGUACCAUCCUCAAAGCCAUGCACACCCACAUGGAAAUACACAGUCUGUGCAUCUG